UUUAGGGUGAUGACUUUUACUAUGUUGGUCUAUUUUUCUAUUGUAGUCCUACAUUGAAAAAACUCCUUCAGUAAAUGUAUGUAAGGUUAUUAUUACUCAUGCAUUAAUGUAAAAGCCUUAUUUCACUGUUGGAGCUGGUUUGGGUGGAGCUCAUUUGAGCAUUAACUAAUGAUUAUUUUCAUUAGGGAUUAAUCUGAUGAUUAUUUUCUGUAUCAAUUGUUGGGUGCGUGAAAAUAGUGACAAAAUUGUCACAAUUACUCAGUGCCCAAAGUGACACUCUUAUAAUGUUUGUUUUGUUCAUCCAGCUUAUUAGUUACAUAUUAUUACUAAUACAUUACAAGUACUUUAAGUAUUAAAAGGAAAAGUAACAAUCCUUCACAGUAGUGAAGCUGGAACCAUGAAAUGUUUUUACAUGAAAAAUUACAAUAUCAAAAUACUUGCCACUUAAUUUUCUGUUAAUCAGGUUAUCGUUUCAGUUUGACUUGUACAAAGUGUUGGUAGUUAAUUUGUAACAAAACAUAUUUAACAGGCUCCUCAUAUGUUAUGCAAAAAUCUUAAUGUGUACAGUAACUGAAGGUUUCAGUACCAAGAACCUUGGUAUCUUGAUUUGGAUCUGUGUUCCUUUAUAGGAAUUUUUAAUCUGUUCUGUGACUUUAACAAAAACACACUUAACAACAUUUUAAAAGCGCCACUUGUCUACUUAAAGUAAGUGUGAUACUGCUCACAGUGCAGGCACAAGGUGUGCAUGCCAUAUGACAUGUACAUGUGUCAUAUGACAGGACAUAUUGGUUGAGGGGUUGUUCGUUUGUGUCAGCCCAGCUGCACGGAGGGGCGGGUUUACUGAUUUACCCAAACUGUAGCCUUAUAAUGUUGAGUGGCACUGUACUAAUUAUUCUAAAAUUAGUCAAAAGUGUAUAUAUAACUGUUUUCAUAAACAAGACAUGCUCCCAAAAUCAGAUUUGAUUGGACCUCGUGAUUUGUUUUCCGCACCAACAACUGACCGAGCAAACCAACCAGCAGGUGUAUCAAAGCAAACAUACUAACAACGACAAUAAUUCUAUUGUACCUUCAUAAUAAAAGCAUUAUUAUAUAUUUGCCGUUAAUGUACUAUGAGAAGGAUUUACUUUGAAAACCAGUGCCGGAAGUGCCAGUUUGUUUCAAAGGAAGCUUUACGCUUGUUGCGGAACAGGUCAGCUGGUUGGUUAGUUUACAGCUUCAGUUAGCUAACUGUCAUAGCCUUGCUAGCUCCUGAGGGAGUGUUUUUCUCCAAACCUUUGGCUCAUAUUGACUUCCCCCAUCAAUUUAACAACGACGCAGCUCAUGUUAGCGAGGCGACGAGGCUCUGCGUUUCUCCAGCUAGCCAGUGAUACACAUGACAGCUUGGAGCAUCCUGCUAGCAUAGCAGCUAAGUUAGCAAGAUACACUGGGAAGAAGUAAGGUGAGGACCAGUGUCAUCAACCAUGGCAGGUGGAAUUACAGAGAGCGGGGAGCCCUACUCCCCAUUUGUGGGGCUGGUGUAUAUGUUCAAUCUGAUUGUGGGAACAGGAGCUCUGACAAUGCCCAAAGCCUUUGCAACAGCCGGCUGGGUGGUUAGCAUAGCACUCAUCUCCUUUUUAGGAUUUAUGAGCUACAUGACCACUACCUUUGUGAUUGAGGCGAUGGCAGCGGCCAAUGCUCAGCUGCGCUGGAAGAGGAGAGAGCAGGAAGAGGUCGAUGACAGCGACUCCACCUCUGAGUAUUCAGAUGAUGAUAUCAUGGUCCGAGGUCGAUCUGAGCCGGAGACGAAGCCCAUUUUGUCUGUUCAGAGGUCAGGAGGUCACGUCGAUCAUUUCGACAUCGUGGAGCGGGUCGAGAUGGGUCAAAUGGCCUCCAUGUUCUUCAACAAAGUUGGCGUCAAUAUGUUCUACAUCUGCAUCAUAGUCUAUCUGUAUGGAGACCUGGCCAUCUACGCAGCAGCUGUGCCUAUAUCACUCAUGGAAGUUGCCUGUGGAAAUCACUCCUGCAGUGCUGGAAGUGUGAAGUACAACGACACAGAUGCGUGCUGGGGUUCUGUCACAAGAAAAGAUGCGUACCGGGUGUUUCUGAGCGUCUUCACUGUUCUGUUGGGGCCUUUUACCUUCUUCAACGCCCAGAAGACCAAAUAUCUUCAGAUUCUCACCUCACUUAUGCGAUGGAUUGCGUUCACCAUGAUGAUCAUCUUGGCUCUUAUCCGCAUCAGCAAAGGUACCGGCGAGGGCCACCCACCAGCCGCUUCCUUGUCUGGAGUGCCCAACCUGUUUGGGGUGUGCGUCUACUCCUUUAUGUGUCAGCACUCCCUGCCCUCCCUGGUGACGCCCAUCUCUGACAAGAAACGAGUUGGCACCCUGGUAUUGCUGGACUACGUCCUGAUCCUGGGCUUCUACGUUCUUCUCUCAUUCACUGCCAUUUUCUGCUUUGACAGCUCACUGCUACAUGACAUGUACACCCUGAACUUCACUGAUAACUGCAAUGUGUUAGAUAUUCCAGUCCUGCGCUACUUCCUGGGCCUCUUUCCAGUUUUCACCAUCAGCACCAACUUCCCCAUCAUUGCCGUCACACUCCGCAACAACUGGAAGACCCUGUUUCACCGAGACGGAGGCACCUACCCAUGGGUGGUGGACCGUAUUGUGUUUCCCCUCAUCACUCUGGUGCCCCCAAUCGUUGUGGCCUUCUGCACCCACAACUUGGAGUCCCUGGUGGGUAUUACAGGAGCCUAUGCAGGCACAGGGAUCCAGUAUAUUGUCCCAGCCUUCCUUGUGUACUACGGUCGACGCCAUCUGGAGCCAGUGGUGGGGAGGGAUGCCAUCAACAAGCACCGGUCUCCCUUCCGACACGCCUUUUGGGUGUGGUUUGUUUUGUUGUGGGCUGCUUCCUGCCUUAUGUUUGUCACAGCCAACAUCAUCCUAACUGACACCAAGAAAUGAAGAACUCACUGUUCCAAGAACUUUCUAGAAAAAUGUAAACAUGUUUGGCCAGUCUCUUUGUUCUUGUACACGAGGCCUUACUUGCUGCUGGUUGGACAGUGUGCCUUUUUAUGGGACUUUGGUUGCAUAUGUUAAAUGUAAUUAAGAGUAAUUUAUCAAAUUUGUUUAAAAAGGGACCAAAUGUCAAGUGUUUUUGUUCCAUCAACAAAGCUGGAACAGUGCAUGGUAACAAUGAAGGGAAAUUUAAAAGGGUCAUUUAUUAAAAGGAUGUUUUGUCAUCAAA